UCGUUUUAUUCAUUUGUGUACAGUUCAUGUCACCUUCAUAUGAUGGAAAAUAACACAGAUCAUUCUGAACAAAACAAUUUUAGUCCCUUAACUGUGCAAGACGUAGAUGUAGAUUUUUUACCGAUUGUUUACGAGAUAAUACGAAGUGUCGAACGGGACUUUCAUGACAACUCUGCCAAAGCAAGGGAAUCACAAGAGUGCAGUCAAAGGGUGCUUGAAUUGCAAAAGAAAUUUGACAUAGCACGCGCACAGAUAAAGCGGCUACCUGGUAUAGAUUUCAAUAAGCAAGACCAACUGAAACAAUUUGAGAUACUGAGGACCCAACUAAGACUGAAGCGUGAGCUCUUGCAAAAAUACCGUAAUAUGUGCUCAUUUGAAACUUCAUUUAAGUGAGUAUCACAAUACAAUGCCACUCAGAGCUCUACUCCGAUACUUAGCCAACAAUGAACAACUUGUGCAGAAGAUUGCAGAGUCUUACCCAGUUAGGAGGGCUGCACAGCUUGCGGUCUCAGUAUUUUACAGAAGUAAAGAGAAGAUGGCAGAAGUAGAUCCGCAGAAGUUGAACAGGAUCAUGUCAUUCAUAAAAAAAUUCAAUGAGAACCUAAAGGAUGGAAUUCAGGAUGCAAAGACACAAUUAAAAAAGAAGUAAUGUAAAUAAUCUUAGAUUAAACUCUAUAUAGCUGCUUGUUUUUAGCCAAUACUUUUCCACUUGUAGACAUUAAAUAAUACUACAUUAUUUA